AUGGAUCCUUCGGAGGCGUCUGUGUCACCUUCUGGCCGCGGUAGAGGCAGGGGGAGGUCCCGCGGGGGGAUUGGCAAAUAUCUUCGUGCUCGUGGGCGAGGGCGAGGGAGGGGUCGCCCUGCAGAGUUCGCGAAGCGACUGCUACUCGGAGACGAACAAGAAGUAGAGCUUGACGAGGAGGAGGCGAAGGAAUACGAGAAAGAGAUGCAGAGGAAGUUUGGGAGGAGACACCUCAGCACUAAUGCCGAUAGGUAUGUAGAGUCAGAGCCAGAACUGGGUUCAGACGGCGAACCUAUUGUCGAGCCGGAGGUCGAUCUCUCGGCGUUCUUGGAGAAGCAACGUUUAUCUCCUCAGCCGUCAUCUGCACCGCCGCCUGAAGACAACGACGACAUUGAUACGAGCAUUACACAGGUCGCCAGCCGAAGCAAGGCAUCGAAUAUCAGGAAGGGCAAGCUACAGCAGAUUGAGUGGGAUAACAGCCUGGAGGAGCUGAGCCGCGAGAAGGCCGCUGCUGAUGCCACUCGAGAAUUGAAGUCACGGUUCAAGACUCAAUCAGCGAAUCCUUCGUUCCGCGCCCCGGUGAAACCCAUCAAAGGUACACUCAAAGCCGAGAAGAGCUUCAUAGAAGCGCCGGCGCUCCCCACGGAUGAGCUUGCAAAGCCCAAGAGCGAGAAAGAAGGCAUGGAGGACUUCUUAGAUGACCUCCUUGGAUGA